AUGAAUGUGAGUCAUGCAUCGGUUCAUCCGGUGGAAGAUCCUCCAGCUGCUGCUACAGAAGUAGAGAAUCCGCCUCGAGUGAGGAUGGAUGAUAUCGAAGGGAUGCCUGGAACUUUGCUUGGCCUUGCACUUCGUUUCUUCCAGUUCUUGUUUGCUGCUGCAGCACUCUCUGUCAUGGCUACUACUAGUGAUUUCCCUUCCGUUACCGCCUUCUGCUACCUAGUUGCAGCUACUGGUCUGCAGAGCUUGUGGAGUCUUGCACUAGCCAUAGUUGACGUCUACGCCAUUAUGGUCAAACGUUCGCUACAGAACCGUCGACUUGUGAGCUUGUUUGCAGUCGGUGAUGGGGUGACAUCGACGCUGACUUUUGCAGCAGCUUGUGCAUCAGCAGGCAUAACGGUUCUAAUAGACAACGAUCUAAAUAGCUGCGCACAAAACCACUGUGUUCAGUUUGAAACAUCAACUGCGUUAGCCUUCAUAAGCUGGUUUGCUGCUUUACCUUCUUUUCUCUUCAACUUCUGGUCUCUCGCAUCCCGUUGA